AUGAACGAGUCGGGUAGUAAUGAUUCAUCGAGGCGGUGCGUGUGGACCUUCCACCAAUUCAGCUGCACGUCCAGCGACCUCUCGGCAGCGGAGCGAGCCACCCUCCUCGCCAUCCUCCUCUCGAUCAGCGCCAUCACCGUCGCGGGCAACCUCCUCACCAUCACGUCCAUCCUCUACUUCAGGCAGCUGCAGACUCGCACCAACGUCCUAACGCUGUCUCUCGCCGUGGCGGACCUCCUGGUGGGCCUGCUGAUCAUGCCCUUCAGCGCAAUGCGCUCCGUGCACAACUGCUGGUUCUACGGCCGCGUCUUCUGCAGGGUCCACACGUGGCUCGACUACACCUUCUGCACGUCGUCCAUCGUCCACCUCAGCUGCAUCUCAUUCGACCGCUACGUGGCCAUCAGCGACCCGUUGCGCUACGGCGACAGGAUCACGCACGCGGCGCUGGCGGCGAUGCUCGCCCUGUCCUGGAUCAGCUUCCCGAUAGACGGCCUUGUCUUCAUGCUGCAGUGGAACCUGGUAGGGAUGGAGGAGGAGACGAGACGGAGCUGUCCCGACGACUGCAAGGUGAUCCUCAAUCUGCCCUAUGCCGUCGCCAACACCGCGUGCGCCUUUGUGUUGCCCAUGCUCCUCAUGGCUCUCGCGUACGGCCGCAUCUACCGCCUGGCCCGGGUGCAGUCGCGCAAAAUCAACAGCCUGGGCGCGCAGGUGCAGAAGAUGAGCGGCGACGCGGAAUGCCUGAGUAAGUGGAAUGCCAUGAAGCGCGACCACAACGCCACCAUCACGCUGGGCAUCAUCAUCGGGAUGUUCAUCGCGAUCUGGAUGCCCUAUUUCGUGGUCUCGGCCACGGAGCCAAUGGUCGGCUACCAGGCGGGCCCCGUGGCCUGGGAGGUCAUCAACUGGUUCACGUACCUCAACUCGACGGUGAAUCCCAUCCUGUUCGCGGCCUUCAACAGGUCCUUCCGCUGGGCCUUUCGCCUGCUCGUCACGUGCAGCGCCUUCCGGCCGGGGAUCCGAAGCGCGGAUCUGUUUAACUUCAAGGAGGGGCCAGCGUGA